CACACCCACCCACUCCCUGGGCGCCCCCGGGGCGGUUCCCUUCUGGAAACCUACUUGCUUUAUCUCCCAAUGAGAUGAGAUGAAACUCUUCGUCACCUCUAAUGGUGAGACUCCUCCUCCCUCCCUCUCUCCCUAGUCACCCUUCAUCCUUCUCUCUCCUCUCCCUCGCUUCUCCUCUCUCCCACCUCUUCCUUUCCUUCCUCCCCCACUCCCAGGAAUCUCUGCAGCAACGACCGAGACGAGGGGCAGGAGAAGACGACGAGGAAGAAGAGUGGGUCGUCUCCAAAGCCCAGCAUAUCCUCUCCCAGACCAAGUGGGCCAAUAGUCCCGAUCUCAUCCACCUCGCCGAAGCCCUCCUCCCCCGCCACGUACCUGAGAUCCUGCGAACCCACCUCGACCCCUGCCGCGCCGUCUCCUUCCUCCGCUGGCUCUCUCAGCGGCAUUUCUACAAACCCUGUCCGGACGACUACUUCGCGCUGAUCGAUCGGCUCCUCGCCGCGAGGAUGCUCACGCCCGCCAAUCGCGCCUGCAGCCAGAUGGUCAGAUCUUUCGAGACUAUGGAUGAUAUGAUCCGCGUCAUCGAUUUCUUGAAUGGCUCGAGGAGCGACGGAUUGGUGCUCGAUCUUUAUUGCUAUAACGGCAUCUUGAUCCAGCUGGGGAAGCUUCAGAUGGUCGGGGUUGCGAUGAAUGUUUACUGCCAGAUGUUGGGCCGUGGCAUGGAGCCGAAUCUCUUGACUUACAAUACUAUGAUCAAUAUUUUGUGUAAGGAUGGCAAGGUCAAGGAGGCUGGAUGCAUCUUGAGUAGGAUUUUGCAGCUCGAGAUGAAGCCCGAUACUUUUACUUACACCUCGCUGAUACUUGGGCAUUGUAGGAAUUGUGAUCUCAAUUCAGCAUUUUGGAUCUUUGAAUGGAUGGUUAAGGAGGGAUGCAACCCGAAUUCUGUGACAUACUCGACGCUGAUCAAUGGACUAUGUGAUGAUGGUAAGGUGGAUGAAGCAUUAGGGCUAAUGAAUGUGAUGGUGCAGAAGGGCGUGCAGCCAACUGUAUACACAUACACUGUCCCAAUUUCAGUCCUUUGCAACUCUGGGCAGGUAAGCAAGGCCUGCAGGUUGGUGAUUGAUAUGAGGAGUAGGAGAUGCAUGCCUAAUGUGCAAACUUACACAGCCCUUAUCAGUGGGUUCUGCAAAUCUGAUGGACUUCACUUGGCAAUUGGGUUGUUUCAUAAGAUGCUGAGGGAAGGAAUGACUCCGAAUACGAUCACAUAUAAUGCUUUGAUCGAUGGGUUGUGUGAGAAGAGGAGAAUUCAAUCUGCCACAAAGGUUUUUGAAGCAAUGGAGGGGCGAGGUUGCAUGCCGAAUUUGCAGACCUACAAUGAGAUGAUGAAGGGAUUCUGCCUGGUUGGUGCUGUUGAAAAGGCAAUGGUUCUCUUUCACAGAUUGCUCAUGUCAGGUCCUCCACCAAACCAGAUUACUUAUAACACUAUCAUAUAUGGAUACUGUAAGAUUGGCAACCAUAAUAAUGCCAUUCGGAUGGUUUAUCUGAUGAAAGAAAAUGGACACAAGCCUGAUGAGUGGACUUAUACUGAACUUAUUUGUGGAUUUUGCAAAGGAGGUGAGCUGGAUUUAGCUUGCAAGGCACUUGAAGUAAUGGCUGAACAAGGUUUAAGGUUGAAUGUAGUCACUUACACUACCUUAAUUGAUGGGUAUAGCAAGGAAGGGAAGCUAGAUAUUGCUUUGUCCUUAUUGAAUAAUAUGGAGGAAAAUGGCUGCAAGCCAAAUUUGCAGACUUUUAAUGCUAUUAUUAGUGGUUUUGCAAAGCAAAAUCAGUUAGCAGAAGCAGAAAAACUAUGCAGUGAGAUGGUUCAACGAGGUUUGUUGCCUAAUGUUAUAACUUAUACAUCUCUGAUCAAUGGGUUGUCCAAGAAUGGUGCCACAUCUGUUGCAAUAAGAGUCAUGGAUGAAAUGGUUGAGCAAGGCUGUUCACCAAAUCUUCAUACUUAUAGUGCUCUCAUCCAUGGCUUAUGUCAGGAGGGCAAGGCUCAGGAUGCUGAGAAGAUGUUUUUGGAAAUGGAAGACAGAGGAUUAGUUCCAGAUGAGGUUACAUAUACUUCGAUGAUGGAUGGUUGGAUUAUGGUAGGUAGGGUCGAUGAUGCCUUUUCACUAUUGAAGCGGAUGGUCACUACCGGAAAUAAACCUAACUAUUGGACGUACAGUGUUUUGAUGAAAGGAUUAUGGAAGGAGAAACAACUGACAGCAAAGAAACUUGCAGCUGUGCCAAAUGCAGUCUCCACAUGCAGCAUAGAUGAAAAAGCUACCAGUGUAGAUAUUUUUUCUAGUCUAUUAAUGAGAUUACCCGAGUAUGGAUAUGAACUGAAUAUUGAUGAGUAUAGAACCUUGGUAUGUGGCUUAUGUGGAGAAGGUAGGUGGUCUGAGGCAGAUCAGGUUGUCAAAAGUAUGGCUGUGCAAGGCCUGCCUCUAGAUGAAGAGAUCUAUAAUUCCUUGCUGCAAGUUUAUGCAAAUAAUCUGAAAAUUGAACAUGCUUUGGAAUUACUGAAUGCAAUGACUUCCAUUGGAUUCGAGCCAUGUCUAAUGGGUUAUAAGUCACUAAUAUGUGCCUUAUGCGAAGUUGAUAGGGUGCAAGAAGCUCAGAAUCUUUUCCAUUGUAUGCUUCUGCAGCACUGGAGCCCUGAUGAAGUUGUUUGGACAAUACUAAUUGAUGGACUUAUAAAGGGAGGCAAACCAACUCUAUGCACAGAGUUUCUCCAGAUAAUGGAAGCUAAGGGUUGCAAGCCCACUUUACAUACUCAUGCUAUUCUGGCCAGAGAAUUGUCUGCAAAAGACAAAUCAUCAAAAACUUCAAUAGUUGAGAUACUGGAGACCUGAGAGUAAUUUCUUGUUCAGCUGUUGAAUAUUGAGGCAUUGUUCAGGUGAGCUGCUGAAUUGAUGGUCAGCCAAGUGAAGUGAGUUUCAGAUUCAGACAAAUUAAUUCUGCAGUAAUCAUUCUAUCAUUUCUCAUGAGAAUCAACUUUUCAGCUGAAUACAUAUUUGUCAUUAGUGGGAUCGAACAAAAGGAUUUUUCCCUCAGAGAAUGAGUGAAGUAUGCCAAUGGGAGGCUCGAGCAAAUGCAGAAACAGCUCGGAAGUUCUUAACCAGAAAUCCAAACAAUUUUAAGCCAUAGGUUGAAUCAGCUUCUACCUUGUUAUGAGGGUGGAAACUUCCCUCCUCUGAAAUUGCCAAAAGAUGGUAAUCCAUGGCAUAUUUUUGGCACUUGGGCAUGCUGAUUCAUUAAUGAUGAUACAGUCCUGUUUUAAGUUAUAAUGCUCUUAUUUGCUUAUUGUCAAUCCAUCAUCCUAGAGACCAUGUUGCAACUCAUCCCAAAAUCUAUUUUGAUGAAUUUGAUUCCAUGGCAAAUGGAAAAUCAGGACCAUCCAAAGGACUAUUUCAGAGAACAAGCAAAAUAAGGAUGGGGAUUGGAAGAUUAUAGCAGUACUCCGAACAAGAAAAAGAAGCAUGACAAAGAACGGCUUGCAUCAACUGCUAUGAAACUGGCUAUUCCUAAUGACUCCAAGGCAAGGUAUAAAAACUUAGCAGACAUAAGAGCUUGAAACUGCUCCCAUGUUAAUAACAACUCAUGAGGUAUUAGAGGCAACUUACCAAUAUAUUGGAAACAAGAGAUAAAACUCAAAAUAUUCCAGGUUCUUUCUUUUUGAACUCUCUUUUUCUCACAUGCAUUAAAUUUGUUGUUAAUUCUUUUGAUCAGAUGUAUCUAGCUUAAUUUCUGAUCCAACAGAAUUUUUGCUUAGACUGGGCUCACUGGUGUUGGUGCUCCCAUGAUGAUGCAAACACCUGUAAAAUAAAAUAAAACAAAUAUGUUUAAUUUUUUUCCUCUGUAACCAAACAAAUGUUUGAUCAGAUUUUAGAAUUGGAAGAAGACGUGGAAGCUGGAGAAGAGUCCAUCUUCCAAACCUCUCAAAAGAAAAGGACCUGUUACAAAUUUAUUCUUCUUAAAUAGUUUCUCCUCGCAUCAUCCUGGAUCAACAUUUUAUGUGAAUUAAUGCAGUAAGACAAUCGCUUCCUUGUUAAGCGAUCACUCACACUGCCACCUACACACACAGUCCUUCACCUAUAACAUGUAUGCUGGGUUGUCAGUCUCUUAUUUCAUGGUUUGUUGGUUGUCACUGUGUUCUUUUCGUUCCUAUUAUCGGAACAGUAAUCACAAAUCAAAUAGUGGUUUCUAUGGUGAGCAUUCCCUGCGUCAUCACUAACAUAGCAGAUCUCUUUUUAGCAGAAAAAAGGAUUCAUUCAUCGGAUCCACCUCCAGAAACACUAGUGCAUCAGUUUGCAUACUUCAGCUGAUACAGACAGUUGGAUAGAGCAUUUUACUAAACAUUUUAUGCUUAGAAAUAAGCAAAGCACACCAAAUAUAUAUCUAUAUAUAUUCUCAAAAAAGUCUUCUCUGUCGUCUUCAUCCUGUGUCUCAACAGUAGGUGUCACAAGUAGAACAGUAAGUGAAUUGCUCAGUAUGAAAUCAAUUGUUUCUGCUGAUCUGAUAAUGCGGUAAUCAGCUAUUGGUGAGCUAGCAAGUCUUCCGACUCUAUUUCAGGGGAUAAGUCCUAUGUUGAUAGAAUAAAUAAUAAUGAAAUAAUGAAACCAUUAUAUACGUAUGUAUGUUUAAAUGUGGGGGUUGUGUGAAUAAAAAGCUCGAUAUCCGUUGCAAGUUGUUCCACAUUUUAAUCGUCAGGGCAUGCAUUCCUUGCAAUAAAUUUUUAUUCACCGUUGGAUUUUUAUUUUGCGCAUCUUAAGGCAAUCUAAACGGUCAUAAACCCAUGAACGAUCAUCGUGUGCGAUUUCUUCCUCUUGUUUGGCUUCCGGACGAAUGUCGAUCAGUUACUUCGAAAUCCCUAUGGAAACGUGGACAAAACCCUCGGCGGACCUAAUUAGUCUCUCCUCUGUUUCGCCUCGAUUGAGUUGGCGAUGGGGGACACGUCGGCGGAGAAUUCCCCCAGGCUUCCUUUGCAUUACUACCGGAACAUCCUCCUUGCCACCGCCGCUCCCUUCCCAACGUCAACAACGUCCGGAGAUACCCUUGGAUGGGAUGUGCUUGCUUGAUAUUGCUGGACUCGAGGGUAUAAUGCAGUAUGUAUGUGUGGGAUGGAAGCGAACCGGAUCGCUGCCGAGACAGGCUAUGAAGGAGAAUUGCUCCUCCAGGGAGACUUGUGACAAGUGGAAUUGUAUGACCCACCUGCGUCAGCUGUAGUGAGAGAGUGAGUGGCGUUUCCUUGGUAUUCUGGUGAGCCUGACACCAUUUGGAGUGCCAGGUCUGUGAGAAGGUGCAGGUGAGAAGGUGCAGGUGACCUACAUACAGAUGCUGAGCUGGUGACCUACAUACGAUAUGCUAGCCAGGUCUGUGAGAAGGUGCAGGUGACCUACAUACAGAUGCUGAGCUGGUAGCCUGCCACAAGGAUGUGGCAUUGGCUUCACUCGCUGGGGUUUGCAAGGUCUCAUCUCAUCUAGUGCAAAUGGAACAACAUUAAGGUAGAAUGCAUUAUCUUGGGCUGGCUAAUUUCACCUUAAAUUCAUGGGAAGAUUCUUGUACAUGAGAGGAGCAUAAGCAAAUUUGAUGAAAACUUCUAAAUCUAUUCAAUGGUCCUGUAGAAUCUUUCAAAUUUCUUCUUCUUCUUCUUCUACCAUGUUAUGUUUUCUUUGCCGCUGGGCAGGAAAAAAAAAACAAGAAAAAGGGCUUUGAGUUA